AUGUUUGAGAUUGACGAUCUUCAACAUCUUGCAAGGAAUCACACUGUGGGCUUGAAGGUGAUCGGAAGCAAGCUGAUACUGUUUGGCAUGGACGUAGACGUAGCCAAGGCGAAGGUUGACAUCAAGAGGUUUCUGAGAACAUGUCACAGCGCUAGAUGGAGUUCGGCGAAGGAUGACCACAAUCUCGAUCUGGACUCAAUCAGUGGCUAUGUUGAGGAUGCUUAUCAACACAACAAAAGAUACACAUUGUUUACGGAUCAGUCCGAUAGGCUCUACAGGCUGAAGAUCAAAGAAGGGAAGGUUUCGAUAUGCCAGCAUCCAGUUAAACGAGAGAUACAAUUACAGAGAACAGUCUCCGUGAUGUAUGAUGACAUUCCACUCAACUGGUCGCUUCAGCAGCAAGGGGUCACGGACUGCGUCCCUGUGGACAGAGAUGGGGAAGAAUUCAAAAACGUCUUUACUCGCUUUGAAACUCAGAGGCAGUCCAAAAGGGAGAAAUUUCACAUAAAAGAAGUAUAUCGGAUUGAGAACAGGCUACUACACAGGAAGUAUAAGACAGAAGAGGAACGACUUUCCCUACAAAAUGGCUGGGACAAAGUCAAUGAGCGCAUACUCUGGCAUGGAACCAGUCAGGGCUCAGUUGAAAACAUAAACACAAAUGGAUUUGACAGGAGUUACAGUGGUGCAAAUGCCAACCUAUUUGGUGAUGGGACCUACUUUUCUGUCGACCCAUCCUAUUCGUCCAGGGACACAUACUCGCCUCCAGAUUCCAAAGGAUUGAAAUACGUGUAUCAGGCGAAGGUACUGACGGGCAUUCCAGUAGAGGGGAAGCGAACGAUGAAGUAUCUGCCAGUGAGAGCAGGCACAACCACUCCCUAUGAUUCUGCCGUCAACAACUUGGAGGACAUCCAAGCCUAUGUCAUCUUCAAGGAUGAUCAAGCUUACCCUGAGUAUCUAAUCGAAUUCACCCAUGCGGUCGGCAAGCAGGUGGACAUGACAGGAAGCAAGACAACAGCCGAUCCUUGUGAUGCGCAAGACAACAAUGCUCCAGCAAUGACUCGGUUGUAG